UGCGCAGUAGUGAUGUGGCCUAGUCUGUGAGGGAGGGCGGCGAAGGAGAGGUGAAGGGGAAAGCACCCGGAGGGGGGUGCGCUAAGGUUGGGAGGGUUGCUGUCAUGCCGGGCAUAGUGGAGGUGCCGCCGCUGGAGGAACUGGAGGUGCCGCAGGUGAAAGUCAGCUCAGCAGUACUGAAAGCAGCGGCUCACCAUUAUGGUUCUCAGUGUGACAAACCCAACAAGGAAUUCAUGCUCUGCCGCUGGGAGGAGAAGGACCCACGGAAGUGCUUGAACGAAGGCAAAGAAGUCAACAAAUGUGCCCUGGAAUUCUUCAGGAAGAUCAAGUUGCACUGUGCAGAACCCUUUACUCAGUACUGGACCUGCGUUGAUUAUAACGACUUAUUGGAGCUUCGCCAUUGCCGAAAACAGCAGAAAGUCUUUGAUGACUGUGUGCUGGAGAACUUGGGCUGGGUGAGACCUGAUUUAGGUCAGCUGUCUAAGGUCACCAAAGUGAAGACUGACCGGCCUAUCCCUGAGAAUCCCUAUCAUUCCAGGCCAAGACCACCACCAAACCCACCAGUUGAAGGCGAGCUGAAACCCGCUCCAUAUGGCAGCCGGCUAUUUUUCUGGAACUGGUAAAAGCAAAAUUAAAAAGUGGGGGAGGGCCUUCAAACAAUAAGAAGUUUUUUGUCUAAUAUAAAUUACUGUUUGCUGGUGUGUAUUGGAUGAUAUCCAUACUUGAAAAUUAAAAAUAUAUUC